AUGGCGCGCCCCGCUGCAUUGCUCAGGGCGGCCGUGCUUGCGUGCGCGCUGCUGGCCUUGAAGGACCUGGCCUUCGUGGCGCCAGCCGACAGCCCGAAACCUCGCGGAGCCGAGGUACUCACUUCCAGACCAGCACCUGUAGCACAUCAGGAGGCCACGGCCAAGGUCAGAGAGGAUGCGCCGAAGGCCCUGAUGGCUUUCGCUUCCGCUUUUACUCCCACAUCUGUCAUGGCCUACUACACCGCUGAUGAGGCACUGAGGCCCUGGACGAACGUUGCUCCGUGGUAUGGUGGCGCGCUCUACGUGCUGACCCUUGUUGUUCAGCGAGUGAAGUUCGAGUGGUACAACUAUGUCUACGUGGCCGCUGCGGCUUUGUGGCUCGGGCCAGCGUUCUUUCUCUUCCUCUCCUACAAGUGGGACCCAACGAACCAGAUCGAGGACCUCUAA